AUGUCUCCAUCAAACGAUGCGACCAGCGCGGGCUCGGAUAAUAGACCAGUGUUCUUCUUUGAUAUCGAUAACUGUCUUUACUCCAGAAAAUGUAACAUCCACGAUGAAAUGCAGAAGCUGAUUCACGAAUUCUUCGUGAAACACCUCUCCCUCAAUGGCGAAGACGCUCAUAUGCUGCACAUGAAAUACUAUACCGAGUACGGGCUUGCAAUUGAAGGUCUCGCUCGCCACCACAAAAUCGAUCCGCUUCAAUUCAACAGUGAAGUCGACGAUGCGCUGCCAUUGGACACCAUCCUGAAACCCGAUCCCAAGUUGCGCAAGCUGCUCGAAGACAUCGAUAGGAGUAAAGUGAGGUUGUGGCUUUUGACCAACGCAUACGUCAAUCAUGGAAAACGGGUCGUGAAACUGUUGGGGGUGGAUGACCAGUUCGAGGGCAUCACCUUCUGCGACUACGGGAAGCUCCCUCUCGUCUGCAAGCCAACACAGGAGAUGUACGCUAAGGCGGAGAGGGAAGCAAAUGUCCCGAGUACGGCAGAACGCUAUUUUGUCGAUGACUCCGGUCUGAACUGCAAGCACGCCGCGGCUCGCGGCUGGCAGACAGUUCACCUCGUCGAGCCAGAGCUUCCUGUGCCCGAUGCCCCGGUGUCGCAAUAUAUGAUCCGGAGCCUGGAAGAACUGAGGACAUGCUUCCCACACUUAUUCAAGAGUUCGAACUGA